CGCAUCCUGGACAUCCCGAGCCCAGCCUGCCGGAGUGCGCCAGCCCGGCGUUUCACACGGCGCGGGCUGGCAAGUCGCAUGGCAUGGCGCUGGAGGGCGCCACGGACCUCGAGGACCUCACGGGCCGCGUCAAGGAGGUGUUUGAUCGUUAUCGCAGCGAUGACCGCCGAGCAUUCCUCACCAGGCGAGAGAUGCAGAAGAUGUUCAACGACCUGCUUCCGAACACCAGCUACAAGCUGUUGGAGAAGCUGCUCAAAGAGAUAGAUGGAGAGGACGGCGAUGGGAAGUUCACCACGCCCGAGUUCUGCUCCUGGCUGGUGGGGAAAGGCAAGCGGCAGCCGCAGGCCACGGUGCUGCGCUCCGUAGUGGAGGCCACUGGGGACUCCUUGGGCGCCCGCGUCUGCGAGAUCUUCGACCGCUAUGACUUGGAUGGCAGCGGCCUGCUGGAGCGCCACGAACUUAUGAAGGUGCUCCGAGUUCUCGACUCGGAGAUUACCACGCAAGAGAUCCAGAGAGUGCUGGCCGAGCUAGACACCAGUGGGGAUGGCAAGGUCUCCUACAAGGAGUUCCUUUCUUGGCUGAAGAUUGGGCAACCCUUGGCCAGAAAGCUUGCUAGCAAGCUGAAGGCAGUCACUGGCCCGGCUCGGGAGCAGCGAGUGAAGUCCGCCUUCGACUUGUAUGACAUUAGUCAUGAUGGCUUGCUGGACAUCUCCGAGCUCCGGAAUGCCAUGGGCAAGAUGUUCCUUUUCAACCAGGAAGAGGUGAGCAGGAUUUGCGCGGACCUGGACACCAGCGGUGAUGGGGUCAUCUCCUACAAGGAGUUCUCUACUUGGAUGCGGCGCGGCACCAGCUCCAAAGAGGUGAUGAAGGGUAAGACCAUCCUCGCGCCAAUUGACAGUGAUGGCCUGGAUGCCGUCUUCUACGUGUUCUGUGGUCCUGGAAAGACCGAGAUGGAGAUGAAGGACUUUGUCAAGUUCUGCAAGAAUUGCAAGAUUGUGGACUCGACGCUGCCUCCGGCUGUGGCCGAGUUGGUGUUCAGCGACCAUAGGGUGAAGCCACCCGGUUGCCGCACCAUCGACUUCUUCGAGUUUGAGGCUGCUUUGGAGCUGCUGGCGGAGAGGAAGAACAUCAAGAUCGGGGAUGUCCACACUGUGGCGCUGCUCACAGGGGGCCCACAAGCGAGACUGACAGCCGCGGAGGGCUCCCAAGGCACCAAGUCGAGGAAAAAGCCAAAAACGAAGAAGCCAAAGCCAGUGGAUGACAGGGAGGGCUGGAGGAGGGAUGUGGACAACACGGAUCUUUGGCGGAAGUUCGGUUUGGACACCACGGCUGGUCGGGCCCUACGUCAAAUCUACACUGUGCCUGCUCCUGCACCUAUGCCGUGCGACGAGCGUCUGCAGUCGAGCUCCGCAAUAAGCUUGCACAAGAUUCGAGGAGUCUUGCACGCGGCCGGCGGACCCAAGCUGCCAAGCAUCGAAGCACGAGAAGGAGUGCAGACUGGGCUGAUAGCCGCAGGCAUGAACAAGAGUGUGUCGCUGCCGGCCAUCCGCAAGUUGCGGCCGCACUUUGCACCGGAAGAGCACAUUGAAUUCGCUUAGCGGGCUGUGGUACUUUUGGAGCUGCAGUCCUACCAACAGGCUUUGAACAGUGUCUCGCGGAGU